UUUGAAGCUAUUUUUACCUGCAGUCACAUCCUUCUACAGUGUUGUUCCCCCAUGGCCUCCCAGCCAGACCAGCCAUCUUCCUCCACUUCUUCUUCGGAGCUUGUCCCUUCCAAUGCCUGGGAACGGGUGGAGAAGAAAUUCAACCAUAAAUCCGCAAGCGAGUAUUAUGACCCUUGCCAAGACUAUGCGGACCGAAGCUUGAAGUGCAUGAAGCGCAAUGGUUUCGACCGGGAGAUGUGUCAUGAUUAUUUCCAGGCUUACCGUGACUGCAAAAAGCAAUGGAAGAAACUUGGCUCCUCAGCGCCUAAAACCUCGUCAUAGAUAGCAGCAAACUAGCUCGUGUGACUUCGAAAUUCUCUCAAAAUGCUGAUGUUACCUUAUCAACCCCCCACACGACAGA